AUGGAAGAAGCUCAACUUCGUUUCGCAGAUAUAACCUCUGCAGAUGUCAAAGCAGAUGUCAAAUUGUGGUUGACGGGCACAAAUGGGGAAAUAUACGAAAGAAAUCUAAUUUAUCUUCAUUCUGCAAUUAUGAAAAGAUCUCAGUUUUUUGAAGUCAUGAUGUCUGACCGCUGGUCAUCGGGUAAGCCAACCGAAAUAAGCGUAACUACUUCUCAUAACUUUGAUGAGUACAUAAAAUGCAAUCAACUCAUAUAUCGCGAGCGUAUGUAUUUUUCCAACAUAGAGGAAUGCCUCGCUAUUCUCUCAGUUGCUUCCGAGUUGUUGGCUGAUGACCUCAUCAACAAAUGCAUGCAAUAUUUGCAAGCAGUUCAUUGGAGUGCUGCGGAAGAAAUCCAAAUUGGAGAUGUGCUCUCUUGUCUGGGAUUGAAACCUUUACCAGAUUUAGCUGCAAGGCUUGAAAAUGAGGACGCCCACCAUAUAAUAUUUGUGGAAAGGAUUAUCAAAGAAAUGGUCUCUCUUAUUCAAGAUACCGAGAGCAAGGAAACCAUAAUGAGGAUAAAUGCGGAGAAAUAUAUAGGAGGCAUCUUCGAGGGAAAUACACCACGAGAUGUUGUGGAAAUAUGCGAGCGUGAAAUUUUUCAAUCAUCUGUCCGUUCUCGCAAUAUUUCAGCUAUUAGGUCGCUCUCUAAAUUUUUGGAUCAUUGUGACGGAGAGACACUGAAAGCUGAAUUCAUAGCUAUGCUUGAAGAUCCAGAAUUUAUGACACAUGUGAAGAAGGCUAUGAAGGGACUAGAAUCGGACCAAUGUAGUGAGUAUCCACAAUUAUGUGAAGAUGUGUUCUACAUUAUAAUCUGGUUUAUGAAGGCCACUGAACGCGGAAAGAUUAUAAUUUCAAGAGCUUCUCGGAAUUCUUUCGUCACGACUUGGUUACCAAUCAUGACAGAUUUGUGUCGUGAAAGAGUUGACAAAUUUCAGGAGCUUGAUGAGGCAGUGCUUAAUGUGGUUAAGGGCUUACCUUUGGCGGAUAAGAUACGUAUUUGCGUGGAAUGGAUAGAGGUUUACAAGGAGAAUCACAUGGACAUCUCCACGCCAUUAACUUUGUUUAUAGAUCUGCACGAUGCUCAUUACAAAUCGAUGUCAAAGCAGCAGUACCCUGUGUUUUAUUAUUAA